AACACGAGGCUCUGCCAAGGUUUAGGCACCUCAAUAAUCAACCCGAGAAGUGGACAUGUUUCUGUCUCGUUCCGGUUACACCAUCAAGUAAGCUAGUCUCAAUACCCGGCUGUUACCUUUGACCUUCUUUGCAUCCGGCUUCAAUGACACGAUCGUGCAGACGAAGUCUACCGUGAUAAUAUCAGAAUUCUGCAAAUAUGUCGGAGAAAAGACUUAUUAAAGUCGGUUCAAGGAAGAGUGAGCUGGCUUUGAAGCAGACAAACACAGUAAUUAACAAAUUGAAGGAAUACCAUCCAGAUGCUACAUUUGAAGUUGUCACCAUGGCUACAACAGGAGACAAGAUUUUAGAUGCUGCUUUGUCAAAGAUUGGAGAGAAGAGUCUAUUCACACGGGAGCUGGAGAAUGCUCUGGAGGAUAAAUCUGUGGACUUUGUGGUGCAUUCUCUCAAGGACCUGCCUACCAAUCUUCCAAAAAAUCUAGUGGUUGGAUGUGUAUACAAGAGAGACAAUCCCUAUGAUGCUGUAGUGAUGCACCCAAAACACAAAGGGAAGACUCUUAAGGACCUACCAGAUGGAAGUGUUAUUGGAACCAGCUCCCUAAGGAGGCAGUCGCAGAUCUCUAGAAAAUUCCCGACGUUUAAGUUUGAGAACAUUCGUGGUAAUGUGAACACCCGACUAAAGAAAUUAGAUGAUGACAACAAAUAUGAUGCAACAAUACUUGCUGUGGCUGGCUUGGAUAGGAUGGGAUGGAGCCACAGGAUAGACCAGGUCUUGACCUCUGACUUGUGUAUGUACGCCGUGAGCCAGGGAGCUAUGGGUGUGGAGUGUCGAUCUGAUGACAAAGACACUCUAGAGAUGCUAUCAGUUAUACACGACAAUGACACUGUCCUACAAUGUGUGGCUGAAAGGUCUUUCCUCAAGACUUUGGAGGGAGGGUGCAGUGUACCAGUCAGUGUAAUCACAGAAGUUAGGGACAAUCAGCUGCAUAUAGAUGGUGGUGUGUUCAGUAUUGAUGGCUCCAAGCACAAGAUUGUCCAUAUAUCUAAGGACCUCUGUCCCGACCCGAAGCCUUCGUCAAAGAAGGUUUGUCGAACAGAAGAUGAGAAGACCUAUGCCAGUGUUGUAAGUAAUGGCGUGUCUAAAGAAGAGAUGCAACAUUGUGAGGACGCCGGCUAUGAGCUCGCACGUUUAAUUUUAGACUCAGAUGCAGGUCAUAUUAUAGCCGAGGCCAAAGAGGAAAUACGCCUUGCAAUUAUCGAGGACAAUAAAAAGAAAAUGGAAGAGGUCAAAAAUAAAAACAAUGAAACAAAAGCAGAAAAUGGUUCAUUACCAACUACAGAAAAAGUAUGAUACAGGUGAAUUUAUAAAUUUUGUUUUAUAUUGUAAAUAUGUAUGUUAAAAAAAGGAAAGCACAACUUAAGCAUAUAUGUAUAUAUAUAAUAAAAAGCUCUAAUUAUAGUAUGGAUACCAAGUCCUUUUAUGUUUAUACUUUGAAUUUGUUAUACAUAUCAGCACCGAUGUUAUAUUUUACUCCUUUUUUGUAGAAAUAUGCAGCAUACUUUGUGUUACAGUUUUAGUUGGGCUGCUUUUCAAAGCUGGAAAAUAUUGAAUGUUAUAGAAAUUAAAUUGAAGAACGCAAGUUUCAUGCAGACUCUUUGUCAUAAUAGAACAUUUGAAAAAGCCUCUCGGCCUUUUAUGAACAUGAGGACACUAAACCUACAUAUGGAGGCUGUUUCAUUUAUAACAUAAUACAGAACACUAAACCUACAUAUGGAGGCUGUUACAUUUAUAACGUAAUACAGAACACUAAACCUACGUAUGGAGGCUGUUACAUUUAUAACAUAAUACAGAACACUAAACCUACAUAUGGAGGCUGUUACAUUUAUAACAUAAUACAGAAGACUAAACCUACAUAUGGAGGCUGUUACAUUUAUAACAUAAUAUAGAACACUAAACCUACAUAUGGAGGCUGUUACAUUUAUAACAUAAUACAGAACACUAAACCUACAUAUGGAGACUGUUACAUUUAUAACAUAAUACAGAACACUAAACCUACGUAUGGAGGCUGUUACAUUUAUAACAUAAUACAGAACACUUACUUACAUAUGGAGGCUGUUACAUUUAUAACAUUAUACAGAACACUAAACCUACAUAUGGAGGCUGUUACAUUUAUAACAUAAUACUGAACACUAAACCUACAUAUGGAGACUGUUACAUUUAUAAAAUAAUACAGAACACUAAACCUACAUAUGGAGGCUUUUACAUUUAUAACAUAAUACAGAAAACUAAACCUACAUAUGGAGGCUGUUACAUUUAUUACAUAAUACAGAACACUAAACCUACAUAUGGAGGCUGUGACAUUUAUAACAUAAUACAGAACACUAAACCUACAUAUGGAGGCUGUAACAUUUAUAACAUAAUACAGAACACUAAACCUACAUAUGGAGGCUUUUACAUUUAUAACAUAAUACAGAACACUAAACCUACAUAUGGAGGCUGUUACAUUUAU